CAACCGAGAUCCUUGGCUUAGGCACCAUUUCAACUGUUACUUAGAGAACUUUUCUUCGUCUUGAUUCAAGGUGUCCAAGAAUGCUGAGCACCAGUGUGGCACCUCUGAGACCUUGCACCAUGCCUCCCAAGUUGCAGGGCAUUCUCCCACCCUUACACCUCCUUGGGGUCGUGGCCCUACUGCUGUGCUCUUCUGGCCUGUGUGACUCCUCUCUCACCAUUGAAGACUGCAGUGUGUCUCCUAGCAUUGUCCAUGGAUCCUAUCAUGACAUGAGUUCAUUUUUUUCCUUUACGACUGUGUUGUACUAUACAUGUGAUGAAGGAUAUAUUCUGGUUGGAGAGGCCAAAAUCACCUGCAGAAAUUCACAAUGGUCAUCUCCAGCUCCACAGUGUAAAGCUCUGUGUCUGAGACCAGAGGUAGAACAUGGAAAGCUGUCUGAGGAUAAAUAUCAGUAUGUUGAGCCUGAAAAUGUCACCAUCCAAUGUGACUCUGGCUAUGGUAUGGUCGGCUCUGAAAGUAUCACCUGCUCAGAAAACAGAACCUGGUAUCCAGAGGCGCCCAAGUGUGUGUGGGAAAUCCAUAAUGGCUGUGAGCAAGUACUAGAAGGCAGUAAACUCAUUCAGUGUCUCCCAGAGCCGGAGGACGUGAAAAUGGCCCUGGAGGUGUAUAAACUGUCUCUGGAGAUUAAACGACUCAAGGAAGAGUAAGACUCAAAGAGAAACACCAGUUAGAAACCAGUACAUCCAUUAACCCUCACUCAUUCUCCCCACCGAAUAAAGUAUUAGGUACAUUUUUUUUAUUAUUAUUAAUUGCUACUGAAGUACUAUUAUUUACUGAAAAAACUAAACAAACAAA